ACAGCAGGGAAAGCCUUCACGGUCCUGUCCAUAAAAGGCUUUUCCCGGCUGUUACCCGCCGGCAGCGCGGCCCCGCCCCCGCCCGCUCCAUCUCCAAAGCACGCAGAGAAUGUCUCGGGCAGCCCCCGGUAGACUGCUCCAACUUGGUGUCUUUCCCCAAAUAUGGAGCCUGUGUGGAGUCACUGGGGGGGCUGGGGGUGGAGAAGGAGCCAGUUUCCUCUAGCAGGGAGGGGACCGGGGCGAGCCAGCAGCGGGGAGGCUGACAUCACCGCGGUGGCAGCCCUUUAAACCCCUCACCCAGCCAGCGUCCCGUCCUGUCUCUCCAAGUCCAGACAGAGCUCACUCCUUCCUGCGAGCACCAAGGAACGCCUCUCCCCGCUAACAUGGCCAACAAGGGUCCUUCCUACGGCAUGAGCCGUGAAGUGCAAUCCAAAAUCGAGAAGAAGUACGACGAGGAGAUAGAGGAGCGGCUGGUGGAGUGGAUCAUAGCGCAGUGCGGCCCCGACGUGGGGCGCCCAGACCAUGGGCGUGUGGGCUUCCAGGUCUGGCUGAAGAAUGGCGUGAUUCUGAGCAAGCUGGUCAACAGCCUGUAUCCGGAUGGCUCCAAGCCGGUGAAGGUGCCUGAGAACCCGCCGUCCAUGGUCUUCAAGCAGAUGGAGCAGGUGGCUCAGUUCCUGAAGGCAGCUGAGGACUAUGGUGUCACCAAGACUGACAUGUUCCAGACUGUUGACCUCUUUGAAGGCAAAGACCUGGCAGCGGUGCAGAGGACCCUGAUGGCCCUGGGCAGCUUGGCAGUGACCAAGAACGAUGGACACUACCGUGGAGAUCCCAACUGGUUUAUGAAGAAAGCCCAGGAGCAUAAGAGGGAAUUCACAGAGAGCCAACUGCAGGAGGGAAAGCAUGUCAUCGGCCUACAGAUGGGCAGCAACAGAGGGGCCUCCCAGGCUGGCAUGACAGGCUACGGCCGACCUCGGCAGAUCAUCAGUUAGAGGUGGAGGGCUGGCCCCCGGCCCCGCCCUCGCCCAGCUCGCCGGCCGCAGCCCUCCCGCCUCGCCAGCCUCACCCACACCCGUGUAGUUCCUUCAGCCCCGGCCAAGCUUCGAGGCUCCGUCACUGAGCAAAGGUGACUGCACUUGGGCAGCUUGCCCGCACCCCUCAGCCUCAGCCCAACUUCUGACCCCAAAGCACUGCUCCCCUGGCCCACCUCCCAGCUUCCCGGCCAGCUCCACUGUCUCUCCCUCCCGGGCCGAGCAGGGGAGACGUGGGCUGGCAGUGGCCUGGGUGUGGGCAAGUCCACCGUCCUCCUGGGCGGCUGACGCUCAUAGAAGGAGACCCAGGCCAACCGCCCCCGGGUUUUUUGCUGGAAUAUUUUGGGGGUUGAAAUUCAAAAGGAAAAAAAAAAAAUACAUCAAUCUUUUCUCAGG